AUGGCUUUGCGUGUCGAUUAUGAGGGAAGCAAUGAAGUGGGCGUCUUCUGCAAGCUCACCAACUCCUAUUGUUUGGUGGGCAUCGGUGGUACGCAAAAUUUCUACAGUAUCGUUGAGGCGGAAUUGGCUGAAGUGGUUCCAGUGAUACAUACAACGAUCUCGGGAACCCGGAUAGUUGGACGAUUGACAGCCGGAAAUCGGCACGGUCUUCUCGUUCCAAAUUCUACCACUGAUCAAGAACUUCAACACAUCAGAAAUGCCCUUCCAGAUGAGGUGCAAAUUCGCCGUGUGGACGAGCGUUUGUCAGCGCUCGGAAAUGUGAUUGCUUGCAACGAUCACGUGGCUCUUGUACACGCCGAGAUCAGCGAGGAGACAGAAAAAGCUCUACAAGAAGUGCUCAAAGUCGAAGUGUUUCGUGUGACGCUUGGACAGAAUUCUUUGGUGGGAAGUUACUGUUCUCUUUCGUCACAAGGAUGCUUAGUGGCUGCGCGAACUCCUCCAGAAACACAAAGGGAACUUGCUGCUCUUUUGCAGAUCCCGGUUGUGGCUGGUACAGUGAAUCGAGGUAGUGAGCUAAUUGGUGCUGGGAUGUGUGUGAACGAUUGGAUCGCUCUCACAGGCCUGGAUACGACUUCGACCGAAUUGUCGGUGGUCGAAUCGAUCUUCAAAUUGGGCGAUAAUCAACCGACAGCAAUCAACAGUCAAUUGAGGGAUACACUCAUCGAAAGCAUGUUA